UGUGGAGAAGAAAGAGGAGCCGGUCGGUUGAUCAGCAGUGCAUUUAUUAUAUUUGUUCUAUUUAACCAUCAGUGGAGAGAAUCACGGGCUGAAGCAGAAAACGAAGGAGCCACGACCACACCACGUGAUCAAAUGCGGAAAUUGUCCGAUAGAGAAAGUAAGCGGAGGGUCUGGUGUCCACUUGUGUUUGGAGCUGCUGUCACUAGCUGCCUGUUUCCAACAACACAGACACACGGACACGGAUCUACCACCGUCGGCUGCUGUGAAUGAAGUGAGGGUUGUGUAAAGGACAGACUGUGGAGAUGACAAGGCUGUGACAGUGUGUCUGAACCGGACCAAUUCCUGUGACAUGGCUGCUGCUAAGAAGAGAGGUGCAAAAUCAGGAGGCGUUCGCUUCUCAGAGGAGCCUCCUGCUGCCGGAGCCCCAUCACAUGUUCAUUUCGAUGAAAAGCUGCAUGAUUCUGUUGUCAUGGUGAUGCCGCAGGAUGAUGGAAACUUCAUGGUCAAGGUUGGCUUCCUGAAGACGCAGCACCGCUAUGAAAUAGUGUUCACCCUGCCUGAGGUCCCAGCUCUGGGGAAAGAUGUUUGUCCAGCACCACUGCCCAGUCCACACCUCCGGAUCACUGAUAUCACACCGGCACCAGAGGGAGGUCUGAAGAUAACGUGCGAGUACAUGGCCCAGCAGGAGGGAGUUCUGUGUGAGGAGGUUCUGCUGCUGAGUGAGACCAACGAAGACGUCUGUGUCAAAGUCAAAGUCCAUGCCAGAGUCAUGGAUCGCCACCACGGUACCCCCAUGCUGCUGGAGGGAGUUCGCUGCAUUGGCAUGGAGCUGGAGUACGACUCCGAGCAGAGUGACUGGCAAGGAUUUGACUGAAUCUCAUCUUUCUACUCUGUGCCCCACCUGAUGCAAACACACAUCCAGAAACACACAUAUCUGCCAUCUCAAAGGUGCACAAAGUGAACACACCUCAUCUCAAAUAGAAAAAAAAAGGUCACAACUGCCCAUUGAUAAACACAUGUGAUUAGUGCCACAUACUGCUUCAUCCCAGCCUCAGUGUUCAGUGUUGGAGCUCAGAAGAAAUGCAGCUCUUCAUCCUGAGAACAUUAACAUGAAAACUUUGGUCUGCUGUGACUGCUGCAGCAUCUGGACGGACACUUGUCUCCACUAUGGCAUGCUCUGUUGUUAGUUAAUCUGUGUUUUCCCUACUGAACCUCUAGAGGGCAGCAGUGCUCCUUAAAUCACCCUCACAUCCUUUCACUGCUAUUUGUGCUCUACUUCAUUCCUCUCCUGACGUGCAAACUGUAACCCACAUGGAUUUAUAGGAUUAGGAGUAAACAAGGGCUCUUUUAUUAAUUAAAAAAGCUUGGAAGUGACCCUAAAGGAAGAAACAAAUCUGCACAAUGUAGGGAAGUCGAGUUGAACUGAGCAUGCAAUGCCUUUGUUUAGCCAUAAGGGGUCCCUGCAGACCACUCUAUGUAAUGCUCCUCUAAUGGUCUCCAUUUAAAGGAAAAGUCCAAUUUAAAUGGUUCAGUAUGUUCAAUCUUGAAUGUUAAAUCCCUUUCCUGAUAUUUCUGCUGUACUCACUUAACCUCAACCUGCCCAGACUACUUCUGCUACUGCUUACUUUUCCCAGACUGCCUUUUAGGAAAUACAAAAGAACAAGUGUCUGUGUGAGUGAGAAGCAAAUUUGCAGCUGUAAUACUUGAGGGAGGAGAAAAUGAUGCCUCAAAACAUGUUCUCCUUGUAUAUGGCACUAAUCUGUUGACAUAUGUCUGGUUUGAUCGUUGCAAAAUAAAAGAAGCAUCUUUUUUUCCCCAACAUGAGGAGGUAACACCAAAAUGUGUGUUUAUUUUUGGUGUUUUGUAUCUGUUUUCUCCGUUUUUGCUGAAUGGAAAAUAUUCCACACAAAAUUGAAAAAAAUGGAAUGAUCAAAUACCACAACUGUAUAAAAAAAAGGGGGGGAUAAACAGAGAUGGCACAAACUGUUGAUUAAUUAAUUUGUCAGUCAUGUUGUUUGAUAAUGAAUUAAUCAUUUCAUUUUUCAAACUGAAAUUUCAAUGGAUUUCCUGCAUGUCUCUGUUUAAUAUAAUAAAUAUAAUAUGUUGGGGGUUUUUGUGCUUUCUGACCAUGUGAAGACCAAAUUAUUUACACAUUUAUCAAUCAAAGAAGCAGUAGGUGACCAUAAUGUUAUGUUUUAGGUGGUGUUUUCCUUAAAAAAAAAAAAAAAAAAAAAAAAAAACUCGCCUGCUUUGGCCAGUCAGACAGGGAAAUGAUUUGUUUCUUUUGCUUGAAUUCAUCAGAAACAUGUGACACAAGUGCCUUUCACUGCACCGUCCUGUUUUUCUCUUAUGUCUGUUUUAACCGUCUCCAUCCUGUUUCUCGCUGUAACUAGACAAGCACUUGUGAGGUGAAGUGAGUAUUGGAGUGCACAUGUUCAAACGAGGGGAAAUAAAACAUGUCUGCGAUCAGAAAAUUUGUUGCCAUUACAAUCCAACAUGACACCUGCCUGUUUGUAGUCUUUCCAGUGUUAAAUCCCUCUUAUUCCACCAGCUCGUCUCAAACAGGCGUGUUUGAUUCUCUGUCCCUGAUGCUGUCAUCACAGUGUGAGUGCAGAUCAGAAGGGGGCGACAGGCACUUUGUCUGUCAGCUCUGCUAAUUUACAUGUGUGCUCAAACAACAAGUGCCAUGAUCUGCCUGCACUGCCAUCUCCUUUUCUUCUUCUUUUAAAAAAAAAAAUCAUAGCGUUUUCUUCUUGUGAAUCAACUACUGCAUAUUUCUGUUUUGUCAUUGAAUGCAUUCAGCCUUAAAAGAAACAAUUCAGUGUGUAAUUUCUCUUCAUAUUAGACCACGAGCUGUUGGCAUAGUACAGAUUAAAUAGAUUUAUUUGAUGUUUGCUUGUGCAUAAUAGGUCAAAGUUCCUCUUAGUGUAAAACUGAUGUGCUCGAUAGGUUACUGUUUCAAGAAUGUAGCAGUUUAUAUGUUGAUAUCUGCUCCUCGUGUGUGUGAUUUGUACUUUUUAAUGUCAAAAAUGAAUAAACAAGUGUGUAUGUUUA